AUUUGUGACUGAAUUGACAAAAAGAUACAUCGCAGCGGGCGUGAAGCGUGCGUUGAGAUAGCGGGGUUAAGGGGCUCUGUUGCGGUGUAAAUAAUAGAACGGAAAAGCAUAUUUUUUUUAUUUUACGCAUGCGCAGCUUGAUAGGUAGAAUUGGCCCUUUCGUCUUACUGUAGAAGCAGUUCCGGGUGUGUGCAGAGGUGGUGACGGCGGUUCUGGCACCAUGGACGUCAAUCAGCCCAAACAGGAGCAUUUGUUGGCUCUGAAAGUAAUGCGUCUUACGAAACCGACGUUAUUCACCAAUAUCCCAGUGACAUGUGAAGAGAAAGAUCUUCCAGGAGAUCUAUUUAGCACACUAAUGAAAGAUGAUCCUUCGACAGUGAAAGGUGCAGAAAUACUAAUGCUGGGAGAAAUGCUUACACUGCCACAGAACUUUGGGAAUAUAUUUCUGGGGGAGACCUUUUCAAGUUACAUCAGCGUUCAUAAUGACAGUAAUCAAGUCGUAAAAGAUGUACAAGUUAAGGCAGAUUUACAGACAAGCUCCCAGCGGUUAAACCUGUCUGCAUCCAGUGCAGUGGUAGCCGAUCUGAAACCAGACAGCUGUAUCGAUGAUGUCAUUCAUCAUGAAGUUAAAGAAAUAGGAACACACAUAUUAGUAUGCGCUGUUAGUUACACCAUUCAGUCAGGAGAAAAGAUGUACUUCAGGAAGUUCUUCAAGUUCCAGGUCCUGAAACCUCUUGAUGUCAAGACAAAGUUCUACAAUGCAGAGAGUGACCUCAGUUCUGUGACAGACGAGGUGUUUUUGGAAGCGCAGAUUCAGAAUAUCACCACCUCGCCAAUGUUUAUGGAGAAGGUUUCCUUGGAGCCAUCCAUCAUGUACAAUGUGUCGGAGCUAAACACUGUGAUCACAAACGGCGACUGGAAAGGGUCAUCUACCUUUGGAACAAAGACUUAUUUACAGCCCCUAGACACACGGCAGUAUCUGUACUGCUUGAAACCCAAGCCGGAGUUUGCUGAGAAAGCAGGAGUCAUAAAGGGUGUCACAGUGAUAGGAAAGUUGGACAUUGUAUGGAAAACAAACCUGGGAGAACGGGGGAGACUGCAAACCAGCCAGCUGCAGCGAAUGGCUCCAGGCUAUGGAGAUGUCCGGCUUUCUAUAGAAACCAUUCCCGACACUGUCCGACUGGAGGAACCAUUUGAUAUUACGUGUAAAAUCACAAACUGCAGCAGUGAGAGGACCAUGGAUCUGGUUUUGGAGAUGUGCAAUACAAAUGCAAUUCACUGGAGUGGAGUUUCAGGCAGGCAGUUAGGAAAGCUUCACCCAAGCUCCUCGCUGCAUCUCACCCUAACACUGCUCUCUUCAGUUCAAGGCCUGCAAAGCGUUUCGGGAUUACGGUUGACAGACACAUUUCUGAAAAGAACGUAUGAAUACGAUGAUAUCGCACAGGUCUGUGUGGUCUCCUCAAAACUCCAAGCAGAAAGCUGAUUCCUCAGAUACGGUUAUUAAAGAUCUUUAUAACAAACGGGCCCAGAACCCCUCCUGUCAUGCCAACGAAUGACGCACCAUGGACUUGCAGCAUGUUUUUAUUGUUUAAUAAUGUCAGUUCUGUGAACAUUUUAAAUGAAGUGAUGUUAUGCUUUUAAUUCUGGGACUGAUUUCCUAACACAAGUGCUAAACUGCACUGCUACCCAUGUGUUUGUUUUGUAGCUUGUACUGGACUUCUGAAAUGUCAUUGCUGAUUGGCUGCUACGAGCAACAGCAGUUUAGCGCCUAUGUUGUUAAAUCAGCCCCUCUAUGUAUUUUAUCUAAUAUUUCAGUAAAUAAACUGUAUAUAGGAAUUUAAAUAUUUACGUUUAUUAAAAAAAAAUAAAACAUG